AUGACACAACGCCCGUCAACAAAUCUAACAUUAAAUUCAUCGAUAACAAUUUUAAAGAAAUUAACAAAGCCUUCUAAUCAAAUAUCGCAGAGAUUGUCGAGAAAAGCUCAACACUCGUUUGUAACAUUAGGGCGCGAUACAACACCGAUUAAACUACCAACACUUUUAAAACGAACUUCAUCAACAAUUAUCAAGCCUAUUCCAUCAGCUUAUAUUCAAGAUUCAUCACAGCAUCAAAUAAGUUCUUCAAGUUUUACCAAUCGAUCAGUAUUACAACCGACACCGGUUCUACCGAUUUAUGCACCUCAUCAUUCAGUAACAUUGUAUACUGAACAACAACAUUUACCAUUAAUAAAAGACCGAAUUAUUAAAUCGAAUCUUUCACAAAGAGCUAAUCUUAAAUGUAAAUCUCCACUGCCCUAUCGAUCGGAUAGUUCACUUAGUCGAUCAACAACUGCUGUAAUUACUGCGACCCAAGUAGCAACAAAAACACACAAUCCUCUAAAGCAUAUGGAUGUGGGCUUUCUACUUAAUGAAGCAGCACGAAAUCGAUUGAAACGAUUAUUUCAACAACUCGAUACAGACCGAGAUGGUCAUCUAACAUAUCCUCAAGUGCAAAAAUGUUUACCAUCAAAUUUGCCUCGCGCUCAAGAAACAUUUUUUCGUGUGUUAUAUGAUAUAACAAUUGAUUCAACUUUUUUUGGUCUACAAGAAUUUUAUGCCACAGCUGUACUUGUUGAUAUGGUAGCUAAACAAGACCCUGAAUUAUGGAAUAAAUUAUUAGAUGAUGUUGAUUUUAAUUAUUAUCACGAUGAUUUAAUUGAAUUACUCGAUGAAUUUGAUAAUCGUUAUUCGCCUGUAACAUCUACAAUCAAUUUUGAUAAUCUCGUAGGAUUAAUUAUGCAUCGAGCGGCGAAUGGAAAAUAUGAACGUGUAGCAAAAGAAUUGGAAAGUCGAAUCCCUAUGAUAAAAACACUGAAAUUCACUCGAUUAGAUUUUAUUGCUCUUAUACCAUUGAUUAUUUAUAUUGAAUCAUGUCUUGAUCAUGGAAAACCAUUAUUUCGUUUCGAAGAAAAUUCUAUUCUUAAUUUACAUAUGCAAAAAGCUUUAUUAGCGUAA